CCCUUGAAGAGUUGCUGGAUGAUUUCACUUCAGUGUCUACAUUUGCAUUCGCCGAAAACUUGAGUUUUUCUCUCCCUCCAUGGAGAAGAAACCACGCAGAUUCACUAAAAUUCCCGUGUUUAUCGUCGAGGAGCACAAUGAUGUCCUUCACUUUGUCUAUCGCUGUCUCGGAUCGCGACAUUUACCCUUCGAAGGCAACACUCUUGUCCACUUUGACGCUCAUCCGGACCUCACGGUGCCCAUGAAAUUGCCUUCGACGGCGAUUUGCGACAAGGAAAAGCUCCUUCCGUCACUCAGCAUCGAGAAUUGGAUUAUGCCAACAUGUUUUGCCGGUCAUGUGAGCAGAAUCUUCUGGAUUCGUCAAGAUUGGGCACAACAAAUUCCACCUGGACGACAUGAUUUCACUGUUGGCGAACACAAUGGACACAUUCAUGUGGAUAGUGAGCUUGAGUACUUCAUAUCAGAGGGCAGUUUUGCACCCAUUGAGUGUCUCAAGAGUCAGAAAUCCAUUGAAUUACACGUUGGCACAGUGGAAGAGAUUCUCUGUGGCGACGUGAGACCAGAAAACUUCAUUUUGGACAUCGAUUUGGACUACUUCAGCACACAUAAUCCCUUUCUCAAUCUCCACAGUGAAGUUAAUCUCUAUGAGAGAUUGAGGGAAAUCUAUUCUUACACGCUGGACAAGACAGAUUUGGUUACAACAGUUGAUCGUCGUGUUGCACAAUUGGAUUUCCUCGAGGGAAUCUUCAUGCAUCUCCAGCAGAGUGGGAAUCUCGAGGAUUUCCCAGCCAAGGAUCAUCCUCUCUUUGAGCCAGUGAAGCGCCUCAGUGACGAUAUCAGUGAAAAGUGCACCUCCUCGGCGACUAUUGACUGGGAAAUCAUCCAUUCUGCCGGCUGCACGCUGGACACCACGCAGCUUCCACAUCAUGAAGCCACAGACGCUGAAUUGCGAGACUCUCUGGCGACACUCAAGAGCUUCCUGAUGUGCCACCCACCACCCACCAUCAUCACAAUCAGCCGCUCGACGGACGACGACUACUGUCCAGCCCAUCAGGUUGAGGACAUUCAAACGGCAUUGCUGGACACACUCAGAGACAUUUACAGCGAAUCACUCGCAGAACCGCAGCUCUUCUACAAAGAAGACUGA